GAAUGUGUAUCAUCGCCAUGUGGAAGUAACAGCCAUUGCAAGAAUACGUAUGGUAGUUUUCAAUGUCUCUGUGACGUGGGUUAUACUCAAAUUAAUGAUGUUUAUGUAGACGAAUGUCUUGAUUCGCCCUGUAUCUCUCAUGCUGCAUGUUUUAACACUGUGGGUAGUUACGAAUGUCCAUGUGAUAAUGGAUAUAAAGCACAUGUAAUUUAUUUAAAUGUUUUAGAUAUUGAUGAAUGUCGACAGAAUCCAUGUCCGAGCAAUUCUCAUUGUAUCAACUCUGAUGGUUCCUAUACUUGUCCAUGUGAUACUGGUUUCUCUGAUAUAAAUACUGACGAAUGUGUUAAUGCCGAAACCAACUGUCCUAACAAUACAGAUUGUAUCAACACUGUUGGUAGUUAUUCGUGUCCUUGUCAAGCAGGAUAUAGUCAAAAAAUCUCCGGGUGUGAAGAUAAUAACGAGUGUUUUAAUGAUCCUUGUUCACAGAAUUCAAUUUGUCAAAAUUUACCAGGAACAUUUCAAUGUAAUUGUUAUAAUGGAUUCUAUAAAGCUAGCUCUAUGGUUUAUAUUGACGAAUGUAGUUCAUCAGAUUGGAAUGAUUGUUCUGAAGACUCAACGUGUACCAAUACCAUUGGAUCUUACAACUGUACUUGUAAUGCUGGUUUCAUAGAUCAUUCACCAAAUCCAUCUAGACCAGGUCGCAUCUGUCUUGGUAGGUCGAGGCAAAACUUCUAUUGA